AUGUCGCCAGAGUGUUGCAAAUCAGAAAUUUGCUCCCCCCCCUCCACCAACUGUGAGAGUGAUGGCAGUCGGAUGGAUGAAGUAUCAGAUGUGGAGUCAGAGCCUGACCUCCCCCUGAAGAGGAAACAGCGCAGGAGUCGGACCACCUUCACAGCAGAGCAGCUGGAGGAGCUGGAGAAGGCAUUCGAGAGAACCCACUACCCCGAUAUUUACACCAGGGAGGAGCUGGCCCAGAGGACCAAACUCACUGAAGCCCGGGUCCAGGUGUGGUUCAGCAAUCGAAGGGCCAGGUGGCGAAAACAAGCAGGAGCCAAUCAGCUAGCAGCAUUCAACCACCUGUUGCCCGGUGGAUUUCCUCCCACAGGGAUGCCAACACUUCCUACGUACCAGCUGCCAGAGUCCGGCUACCCAACCAACACUCUGCCCCAAGAUGGCAGUGGUACACUUCACCGUCCCCAGCCGUUACCUCCAUCCACCAUGCACCAGAGUGGCCUGUCCAGUACUGACAGCAGCUCUGCCUAUGGCCUGGCCUCCAACCGCCACAGCUUCUCCAGCUACUCCGACACCUUCAUGAGCGCCGCAGCACCUAGCAACCACGUCAACCCUGUCAGCAAUGGACUCUCGCCACAGGUCAUGAGCAUCCUGAGUAACCCGAGCGGUGUUUCAUCACAGCCACAACACGAUUUCUCCAUCUCACCACUCCACAGCGCCUUGGACUCCUCUCCAUCCAAUGCCAUCUCAGCCAGCUGCAGCCAGCGUUCAGCUGACUCCUCCAUUAAGACGGUGGACAGCCUUCCGUCAUCCCAAUCCUACUGCCCCCCGACGUACAGCACCACCAGCUACAGCAUGGACCCAGCUGUGGCUGCCGCCGGCUACCAGUACAGUCAGUACGGCCAGACUGCUGUGGAUUAUCUGGCGAAGAACGUCAGCCUGUCCAGCCAGCGCAGGAUGAAGCUGGCCGACCACUCGGCCGUACUGGGACUGCUGCAGGUCGAGACUGGCCAGGCCUACUAGUACUCACCCAGCGUGUUUAAACAACAUUACACCUGGUCACCAGCACAACCCUCACCUCCUGCUACCAUCCAUACAAAUCUCCCAGAGAACAUGUGUCUGUGUGUACGUGUGUGUGUGUGUGUGUGUGUGUGUGUGUGUGUGUCAGAGUUUGAGUAUAUGUUGUGCUGACAUUGCUUUUUUAAACUUUAUUUGACUGUUUUAUCUCCAGGGUUAAAGAACGAUGCAGCUGUCUGAGCUUUAUACAUUCCCCAUGAGACCAAACUAGUUUACUAGUUUGUUUCGUUGUCAUAUAAUAUUGCACCAACGUCUGUACACAGCAUCAGUGUGUCUAUAAACUAGUGAUGUAAAUUCUUAUAGUCUUACAGCAAUCAAUUUCGACUGAGUGUAACCAGGGACAGUUUCUUAUGAAGUGAAAACGUCUUUGCUCAUUAAAUGCUGUUACCGUGUGAGGAUGACACACAGGUGGUGUCUCUCUCAACAGCAUAAAGACAGCUCUGCUACGUGUAAGAAAACAACACAGUUACAUACAUUACAGUCGUUCUGUGAGUUCAAAGCACUUUUUUUGUGAAGAUGUUUUUGCCUCACUUUAUGAAAUGCUGUUUGCAAACACUGCGUUGAAUUUAAUGUGAACUGAUAUUAAAUUCAGUUGUUCAAAACUCCCCUUGUGUUGAGUGCCAAAAACCACAGUUCAUUAAACAUCCACUUGAGGCUGGCUCCAGAAGUGAGUCAGUCUCCAUAAGUCCCCAUGUUCAAAUGUCCA